UUUAUAAUAAUAAUGGCUGUAACAUCAACACAAUCACCUGGAAAGGGUGAUGGAACAAAAGUUCCAUUGGCCUUUAAUCCUUGGUUCUUGGUCUCGCUGUCAUGCUCUGGUGGACUGAUCUUUGGUUACAACACUGGUAUCAUUGCUCUUGCCUUGAAUCCAAUCUCCAAUGACUUUGACUUGGAUACUGUUCCACAAAGUUUGAUCGUCGUUAGUAUAUUGCUUGGAGCACUCAUUGGUUCAGUUGGUGGUGGUGUCAUUGCCAACAAGAUUGGUCGUAGAUAUGUUGUACUAUUCACUGCCUUGUCGUGUGUUGGUGGUGCAAUUGGAUCUGCCGCUGUCAACUCUGUCGUCGCCGUCUGUCUCCUUAGAGUACUCCUUGGACUUGGAGUUGGAUGUGGUUCAAGUGUCUGCCCAUUGAUGGUUGCCGAGAACGUGCCCAAAGAGAAGAAAGGAUUCCUCGGCUCAUUCUUCCAGAUUGCCAUCACCGUUGGUAUCCUCUUGGCCAAUGUUAUUGGAUUGCUUCUGAAGAGAACUAAUAAUGGAUGGAGAUGGAUGUUUGCAAUUGGUGCUGUACCAGGUGUGAUGUUAUUCGUCUGUUGGUUCAUUAUGAAGGAGUCGCCAUCAUUUGAGGAGAGUCGUAAGAGCAAGGCCGCCAACAAUCAAUCAUCAGGUGGUAUUGGAUUAUUGUUCACCAAGCGUGCCAGACGUCCAAUGUUUAUCGGGUUCAUCCUUGCCGUUGUGUCACAAUUCACUGGUAUCAAUGCAUUCAUGUACUUCUCGACCAAGAUCUUCUUGGACGCUGGUAUCGAGGGUCGUGAUGGUCCAGAGAUUGCCGCUGUCAUCCUUCAGAUCUGGAAUGUAUCGACCACACUCAUUGCCAUCUCAUUGGUUGAGCGUGUUGGAAGGAAGGCACUCCUAUUCACUGGUGCCAUGGUCAUGACAAUCAGUGACCUUGUCAUUGCCUUUGUCUUCCUCCUUGUUACCGGUACUGCCAAGGGAUGGACCGCCAUCGUCUUCCUCUUCAUGUUUGUUGCCGCCUUUGAGGCAUCCAUUGGUACUUUGUUCUGGUUCGUCAUCAAUGAGAUCAUGCCAGAGGACAUCAAGAAUAUUGGAUCACCAAUUAUUAAUGCGAUGCAAUGGUGCUUCAACUUGAUAUUGUCAUUCGUGUUCCUGUUCGUGGUCAAGUACUUGGGCCAAAGUACAAUGUUCUGGAUCUUUGGUGGUAUUGGUCUGGUUUGCACAGUGAGUCUCUAUCUCUUCCUCCCGGACAUCAGAGGUGGCAACACAAUGGGCCAAGAGGAGCAAGAUGUUGCCAACAACACCAACAACAAUGAUAACCGUGAGCUUGACCUCGAGAAGAACCCAGAGGACAAGCAGAACCAAGAGUUAACAUCCAAUGAGCACAUUGGAAUUCCGCCAUCC